AGAGCCUGCACCCUGAGACUGGCCGCCUGCUGUAGACAGACAGUCUGGGUUGAGCUUUGAGAAGACGUGGUCCAUUCUCUGGGAGACUCCCGGCCAUCAGAGCAGCAGACUACAAUCCGGGAGCCGAGGGGCACGGACACCAGCAGGCUUACUCCAUCCUUGCACGUUGGAACCAUGUGGCUGACGAAGGCCUUGGCUCUCAGCCUGGCGAUCGCCAUGGCUUCGGCCGCGGCGGAGGAGCGUAGCGCGCACGUGGCCGUGCUGGCGGAUGGUAGCCUGGCGCUGGGAUUGAAGCUGUACCACGCCAUGGCCAAGGACAAAGGCACCGGCAACAUCCUGCUCUCCCCCGUGAUGCUGGCCUCCUCGCUGGGGACCGUGGCGCUCGGAGCCCAGGGCACCACCGCCUCGGAGGCAAAGUCUCUGCUCGGCAUGGGCAAGGUGGAAGAGGGCGAGUUCCACCGCUCGGUGUCCCAGCUCCUGGCGGGGGUGGGAGACCCCGCGGCCCGCAACGGCACCUGGAAGACCGGCAGCCAUAUCUACGGCCCCACCUCUGUGAAAUUCACCGAGGACUUUGUGCAGCAGAGCAAGAAGCACUACGGCCUGCAGCACUCCAAGAUCAACUUCAGGGACAAGAAGGGGGCGCUGAAGUCCAUCAAUGAGUGGGCAUCCAAGACCACCGAGAGCAAGCUCCCCGAGAUCACCAAGGACCUGGAGAAAACCGACGGAACCAUAAUCAUCAACGCCAUCUAUUUCAAACCUCACUGGAAUGAGAGGUUCCACCACAAGAUGGUGGACCAGCGGAGCUUCACGAUCACCCGCUCUGAAUCUAUCGCCAUCAACAUGAUGCACCGCACAGGCUUGUACAACUUCUACAAGGACGAAACUAACCAGGUGUAUGUGGUGGAGAUGCAGCUGUCCCGAGAACUCUCCAGUGUCAUCUUCAUCAUGCCCUUCCAACUGCAAGACCUGGGCAAAAUCGAGAAGGUGCUGAACAAGGAGCAGAUCGAGGCAUGGGUCAACAAACUGCAGAGGCGAGCACUGGCCAUCUCCUUGCCAAAGGGCAUAUUUGGGGUCAGCCAUCAGCUCCAGAAACAUCUGGGUGGCGUUGGUUUGUCCGCGGCUGUCGACAAGAGCAAGGCCGACUUGUCCAAAAUCUCAGGGAAGAAGGACCUCUACCUGGCCAGUGUCAUCCACGGCACUGCCUUGGAGUGGGACACGGAGGGGGACCCCUACGACGCCUUCAUCUACAAUCGGGAGGAGCUGAAGGACCCGGAGGUUUUCUACGUCGACCAUCCCUUCAUCUUCCUGGUGAAGGACAAGAAGUCCGGUGCGGUCCUCUUCAUCGGCAGGCUGAUGCGGCCAGAUGGGCGGAAAAUGCACGACGAGCUGUAGUCUCUCCGGAUUUGGUCAAAAACCCAACACCCUUCUUUUCUUUUUUUUUUAAAAAGAGGAAAAAAAUGUCAUUUCUUCUAAAUGAGCGGUUUGAAAUGUUGCCUUGGGAGUAAUACACCUGUGUAAGAUCACCACAUGUUAUUUGAUAAUUAGACAAUAGGUGCAGGAGGAGGCCAUUCAGCCCUUCGAGCCAGCACCGCCAUUCAAUGUGAUCAUGGCUGAUCAUCCCCAAUCAGUACCCCAUUCCUGCCUUUUCCCCAUAUCCCCUGACUCCGGUAUCUUUAAGAGCCCUGUCUAGCUCUCUCUCGAAAGCAUCCAGAGAACUGGCCUCCACAGAGGCAGAGAAUUCCACAGACUCACAACUCUCUGUGCGAAAAUGCUUUUCCUCGUCUCUGUUCUAAAUGGCUUACCCCUUAUUCUUAAACUGGUUCUGGACUCCCCCAACAUCUAUUGAUGUUGUGGCCUAAGAACGAUGGCCAGAUGUGGGCAACUGGGACUAGCUUAGAUGGGGGGCGCUGUGCCAGAAGGGCCUGUUCUUGUGUGACGUGACUCUGACCUGCUAAUCCUGGUUUUGCCCUGUCAGAGGUAUUUCCUUUGUCCCAUCCAUCCACCAUUUUGGACAAUGAGGUAGUCUCCAACCCCCGAGUCCAUUAAAAUGUCCUAUUUUCCUGCCUCCACAUCACUCCACAUCCAAUAUUGGGUGGGAUUUCAACAAGGUGAUUCCAGCUCUGUUCCUUUGUGCCAUGCUGGUCAAAUCCGCUGAAUCUAUGGAGUGAUUAGCAAGGGCUGCUCCCUCCAUGACAAUAGACAAUAGGUGCAGGAGGAGGCCAUUCGGCCCUUCGAGCCAGCACUGCCAUUCAAUGUGUGAUCAUGGCUGAUCAUCCCCGUUCCUGCCUGGGGGGUGGGAUCUGGUUUAUAUGAUCGAGUUCACCUUUGGCAGACGGGCCAGUGGUGGGACUGCAUGGUUUACGGUCUUUCUCGUUCUUAGCUGGGGGGGUUGAUUGGGUUCAAGAAACCUUAAGAUGCUGUCGUCAAAAUGUAAACUGAACCCGGAGAAUGCUGGAAGUGACUCAGCAGGUCAAGGCAGCAUCUGCGGAAGGAGAAACGGUUGACGUGUCGGGUUGCGGGAAGAAGGGUCCCGGACUGUAAACCGUUAACCGUGACUCCUCCUUCAGAUACGUACUGGACUGGUGUAAAGUCUGGUGAUCGCUCCAUCACCAAGGCCCGUAUCUGUGCUGGAUAAAUGACAGAUUUGGCUCCAAAUUAUCCUUUUUUAGGCAGGAAAAUAAAAGCAUUCUGUUGGAUAUUAGCUGCUUUGAGCGUAAUCCCAUCCAUUUUUUUUGGACAACCAAAAGUAGGGGAGUGCUUGUACUGGGGAUCAGCUGAUCUCAGCGUGGAAUGUUGGGUGGGGCAUUGUGACAGGUCCUUUGUUGGGGGUUGCAAUUCAAUGACAGUGGAUGUUCUGGCAUUGUGCUCCUUGGCCCACACCGCGACAUCGAUCGUCGCAGAUGCAUCGUCGCAGUGUCUGAAAACCGCAAUUUGUUUUGGUCUACAAUUAAAAAAAAAGUGAAAAGA